AUGGCGUCUGCCCCGUCAGCCUCCUUCUUCUCUUUACCGCUGCCGCCCUGGGCCCAGCCGCCGAGUACUCGUGUGGCCCAAUAUGAGCGCCAGAAACGCAAGAGUCAUGAAUGGAGCGAUGAGGAUGAAGAUGGAGCUGAAACCACGGAUGCUCCAUCGGCAGUGGAAUCAAUUCCGGCCGGGGACUCUCUGAUUUUGACGCCAAAUGAAUCUCACCAAUACCGUAUCGCCGGCCUCCCUCUGAACCAAGAGUUACCGGGUGGCCAUUUUCCCCAUGGACCAGCCAAGGAUGACCGCCCCAGUAAGGAGAACAUGCCUGCCCAUCUUCGCAAGGGCUUGUCCUCCCUCUCGCCCCCAAUCUAUCCGCCUCAGUCGCCGGCACAACAGGGCAACAUUCGCUUCCAGCAUCUAGCGGUGUUGACGGCCAUCCUGCACCGUUGUCUACUGCAAGGUGACUACAUACGAGCCGGAAGAGCGUGGGGUCUUCUUUUGCGUGAAGAGUUUAGGGGACUUCCAAUGGAUGUACGUAGCGAGGGCAGAUGGGGCAUCGGUGCUGAAAUUCUACUCCGACGAAGUCAGCGCGACACACCCACGCACUCUCAACGGACAUCCUCUGACUCGGAGAACACCCCCCUACCUUUCAGCAAAAAGGGCUUUGUAGAGGCUAAAGAAUAUUACGAAAGACUGAUUCUGAAUCAUCCGGGCGCGAGAUCCUCACCCGACGCAAUAUCGCCUUUGCACUUUUACCCUGCAAUAUUUGGACUAUGGAUCUAUGUCGCCCAGGAAGAGAGCAGCGCCACGCGGAAUGAUAUCACACUCAACCACGAGAAUUCAGAUGGAUUCUCUGAUGAUGACGAUUCAAUGUCUGACUCGGGGCAUCGCCGGGGAUCGCCGAACAAGAAGCAGACUCUCAUCGCAGCAGCCAGGGCGCAGGAGCUGGAACAAGCGCAGCAGAUUGCAGCCCGUAUGGACGCGAUCCUCCCAUCACCCCCGUAUUCGGACUCCUCUGAAUUGCUGGAGCUCCGAGGGAUGGUUUCACUCUGGAUUGGCGAUUUGUUCGUUUCUUCAUUGGCGACACAGCCGGAAACUAGUGAUGUUUAUGACCCCGGCGCAAUGGUUACUGAUGAGCUACCGAGCUCUUUCGAGGUAAGACGCGAGCACAGGAUUGCCACAGAGAAAAGGAUGGCGGAAGUACAGAAGUCGAUUGAUUUCUUUGAGAAGGCAAAGAAACGUGGCAGGAGUGUUGCCUAUAACCUCGAGCAUCUACAUAUUGACGAUACCUCUUUUGAUUGA